AUGAUUCACGGCUGGCUUGAGCCAUCGAGAAAAGGGUCCUGCCACGAAAAGAGACGAGACAGUGCCUUGGUUGGUGGAGAGUGCAGACAGGACACGCCUUUUUACGUCCCAAGCUAUCCGUGAAUCGUCUAUACCGGCUCUUUUGAAUUUCGCGAAAUUCCUUUGCUCACGUCAUGAAAAACGCGAGAGCAUAUAUAUUAUUUUAAGAGUAGUUAUUCGAACUUCAUCGGUUUUUUUACGAGAUUGUUUUUUUGUCACACCUGUGAAAAAAACCAUAAACGUUAACCAACUAUAAAUUUCACGUGUAAUAAGUUGUUUUUUUGUGAAAGUUAAUUUUUUUGUUAUGUUUAAUGAAUUUUUGGAAAGUUCUUUGGAAAGUUCGAAAAGUUAUAGUUUAUCAUACUGAACAAAUGUUUAUUUUGAAUUUCAGGCUAAGAUGUCGAAGAAUAAUGAUAAAGGUGGUACAACCAAUAAAUUCGACUCAACGUAAUAAUGAUAACAUCAUUUUGACCUUUUUCGGUAAACCCUCUAGGAAAUUGCGUGUAGUUCACAUCUUUAUUCUGUUUUUUUGUGCAAAAGUGCAUCUGCUUUUUAGGAAUCCUUAGCAUCUACUUUCAAUCAAACUCUUAAGAGAAAGAUUUUUUUUUUUCAAUUUUGUGUGUUUUGCGACAGAGGAUCGCUGCCGUUUAAUUGCUUGGUUUUCGCAGACGGAGGCAAGGCUGAUGGAGCCGGACGACGCGACGCUGGAGACUGCCGCAGACGCCGCACUUCGGCUGCUUUUUUCGGAGCGGCCGUUCCUGGAGGACUGGGAGGAACGGAUCUACUCGCGGCUCGAAGAACGAGACCGACUUCACGACAGGCGGCGACUUGUACGUUCUUUCUAGCGGUUUUUCUAGACUGGUUCACGCUGUCUUCUCACAAACCUAAUUGUAAUUAUGUAGAAUUUUUUUUUCUUGCAUGAGCUCCUUUUUAUUCAUCGAAUUUGUGAAUCAAAGCGGUGAGGAUCCUCCUUUCCAACCGAUGUUGUUUAACUGAAGAUGCUCGGGUUUCCACGUGGUUCAAAAGCUAUUAAUCAGGAUAGAGCAAAAGGCAAAAUCUGUGAUAGGCAAGAUGAAUUUUCUGGAAAUAUGAGCAAAUUUCAAUCAAAUUUUUUAAUUUCUUUCAAAUCAUGUUUUUUACUCAUAAAAGAGUUUCAGUGUAAAAGAGAAAAUCUCUCGACUGCUUUCAAAUGCGUGGAUCUGGAUAAAAAGUUUUUUUAAAAUUUAAUGCAAUUCUUCAAUCGAGAUAAAAGAAUCAAUAACCAGAUUUUUGAUUACUUUUAGGUAUUUCAAGCUAUUAUAUAGAGAUCUUUAGCGCCAUUUUGAUCCUUUUUUUACCGGGGAAACUGAGUUCGUUUGUGCAGAAAGUUCAUGAUUCUAUUUCGCUUUCGUUUUCAUUUUCAAGAAACGACAAAAACUUUUUUCAAAAUAGUUUCAGAAAGGAUCUCCGAAAUGCGAAAAAGUGGAAGUCUCGAAUCCGAUAACCUACAACGCAGUCCGCGAGCUUCUUCACAGCGUCGAAACGACAACGAAGGCUUUCAUGUCCCAAGGUCCGGUAUUUCCAUCUCCAGCGCUGUUAGAAGAUGUUCGAAUUUUGCAGUGGACUACGCUUUCUGUCACAAUGAGCCUGAGGCGAACCGCGACUCAGGAAUUCUUUUCGAAGCUGGACUCCGCGUCGAGAGAGCCGUCACCGAGUACGAAGCUCCAGUUCUCGCGGCUCAGUUUUAUCGCCCCCAUUAUUUUCGGCGAGAUCCGAAGUUUCAGAGUCGGCAUCGCCUCUCGCAGGCUUUCCAACGUCUUCCGUCUCUUCUCUACUCGAAUGUAAGCUGGGCCACUUUUUAAUUUUGAGACGAAUAUUUCAUACUAUAGUUUCGUUGAAGCAACAGAUUUCUGGCGCUCAAUUUUUUUUUUCCGAAGUCGUGAAGAUGUUUGCAAUUCAAUAUUAAAUUUUAUAUCUUACCAAAUUGAGAGAGAAUUUCAUUUGAUUAUUUUUUUUUUGAAUAAUUAGUGCUUACGGUAGAAUUCCGUAUUAUCCAAGCUUUGAUUCUAGAAAUGAAAAACUUAUCGAAAAAAGGCAAAUAUACGACAGGAAAAAAGUCACUGGAGCGAAAAUCAUCAGUUCGUUCGAAACUUUCUUGCUCUGAAAACCAGCUUCUUCAGAUCGCAGCGUUUCCAACUUGACGGCGCCUACGCGACGGCGACUCGCGUUUGCGAUCUCUCCUACACGGUGGCCAAGCAACUCGAACGCUAUAUCAAAAUGGCCAUGCCAAACUCGUCGCAAAUGCAAAACGUUUCAUUCUUGUUCAUGUCGGAAUACUUCCAUAAUAGAAGGGAAAAGUUAUCAAAAAGUGUCUUGUUGUGUUUUUGAUCAUUUGUACUAAGAAGUCCUUUCUAACAAAAAGUCAUGCUAGGAAAGGUUUUUAAAGAUGAUCUUUUUUUCAAUCUGCUUAUCAAGCUCUCAUAUUACAUUAUGAACCUUUUCUGUUGGAAAAACUGUAAAAACUGAGAAGAAAAACCUUUUCUUUCAGUUACUACGUGUGUUUCUUGAAUCGAUCGAUGCUUUCAACGUUAUCGUCGUUGAAAAGCUACAUGAUGUUAGUUUCGGGAUUAACCAAUCCAAUAAUGUCGCAAGCUCAGAUGACGCUCAAAUACGGUCGUCGGCAUUCGAAGAGUCCAGUGCAGAAGUUCUCGCCGACGGACCGAUUCGGCUCUCCGUCGUCGCGAGCGAUUCGCAUCGCAAACGCUGUGGCAGCGGUGUGUCCGCCUCCAGUUCCGCGAAGUUCCAUCAAUCGAGUAGCAGUGCCAUCACGGCCUGUCAAUAUCUUCGUCGCUUCAAACCGAGGGUUUCUGCUUGACCCUGCGCUCAGCAAGGUUUGCUUUAAGAAAAUAAUUCAUUCAUCCGCCUUUUUUUCACUCUCCACUUUGAAGCCUUAUUCUUCUUCUUAAUACGCUUUCGUACCGCUUGAGCGGCGUCAGCGCCCCAAUUCGAUUAGUCUAGGUCCUAUCCUGAUAUCAGUGGACUGGCUCGAGUGACAUAUCCAUCCUUACAUGUGAUGGCUGAGGAUUUUGAAGUCAUGGUUUCCCACUACCAACAUUUCUUGAACUCCUUGGUUGGGUCGAGGCGGGGAUCGAACUUGUGACCCUGUGGACCGUAGAAAAGCUUACAUCCUGUUGCGCUACGGCGCGCCCCACUUUGAAACCUUAAUGUCGCUUCAAAGCAUAAAAACUCAGCUUUUCAUUAUUUCUUUCUUUCCAUUGCAUGGUCUUUCAACAUCCGAACUUUUUUUAAUUGUGAAAUGUAAAUCCAAGUCAGAGAAUGCUCGAAUAGAAACGUGUGCGAAGGCAUUUUUUCCGAUUCUUCGAUUCAAAUCAAAAAUCUUUUCCUUAUAAUAACAAAAAAUGAUAUGAUUCGAAUCCAUUUAGAGCAGUUUAACUAUAGUUUUUUAGUAGGAUAAUUUUGAUUUUCAGGGCGUUUUCUUGUGAAAGUCGCUUCCGAUGAGUUAUCAUUUUUUAUAACUUUUUUUUCCUUUUGACCCCCUUCCUCCUCUGACAUGAAGAAUGUAAUAAGUUCUUUAAACAGAGACCAAUUCGACAGCUUCAGUAUAGACUCUUUAUAGGCGAGAUCGCGUCUCGCAAUCGCGGCCUCCAAAUUUCCCACGACUCGGAGCAAGUCUGCUGGCAUGCGACUGAACAGAAAAAUGGCCGUCUCUAUCGAUAACACUAAUGGAAAAAAAGAAAAGGUUGGUUAUUGUUUCUCGCUUUCCGAUUUGAACGAGGUGAUAUGAAACUCAAACGAAUAUAUUUGGUUGUUUUAGUCGAUUCCAUCUGACUAAAACAACCAAUAAAUAUUGAUUGAUUGAUUGAAAUAUUGAUAUCUGUCUUAAAGGAGCCGUUAGAUGUUUCAAUCGACAAGAUGAAGAUUUUGUCGCUUGAAAAGCCAGAUAAAAGCGAAACGGUGUACUCUCGCGCAAGGAAAAUGCUUGAGAGACACGAUUGGCAAGGGACGAAAGAACUGGGCGAUGCCAAGAAUUCCGACGUCUCUUCUGAAGACGACUUGUACAAGUUGGUUUUUAGGAAUCCGCACGACUUAAACCGGAACAAUACCGGAACAAUACUGAAAGGUUUUAUUCUAACGAAGGGCAUUUGUUUUCCUUUUUCUUUUUUUUGGAUUUUUCUCUCAUUUUUUUUCAGUUAGCGGAUGUUUAUAAAAACAAAUAGCAAAAAAGGCAAAAAAAAAAGCUAAAAUUCUGCUAAAUGUUUACGUUACUGUCUUGAUAAAGCUUUUUGUUCUGAAGACAUGUGCGAGAAAGUACUAAACAAAUUUACUGCGAAAAGAAAUGAUAAAUAGCCGAAUGUCCCAAAUUAGUUUGAAAGACUUCCUUGAAGCUGCAAAAAUAAUAUAAUAGCAGGUUUUGUACAGGGAAAAAAAAUAAAGACAACUCGAUUUUGGAGAGUCAUAGAUAAUUUUGCCUAAUCUUUGACUAUUCGAUUUCCAUAUUUUUUUACCAAUAAUUUUGUUUGAUAGAAUGGCUGUCUUCGUUCGUACAGACGUUCUAUUUUAAAUUAAAGUUUUAUUUUCCAGGACCGCGCAAGCAAUGAGUCGCAUCAUCAUAAAUGACAUGCGGAAAAUGGCUGGAGAGAAAGCGUUUGUAUCGAAACUGGAUUGA